CUCCACACCGCCUGUCUCAAGCCCAUCGACUCUGUAAAAAAUAAAAAAAUAAAAUUCAAGGCGUGUUCCAUAUUUAAAUUAUCGCGAUAAUAAAGCUGUUUCGCGCGCGUUCUCUGUACAACAGCAAUAUGGUGUUUGUGAUGAGAUGGACUUGUAAAUAGUGAUAGUAAAUGUGUGUGGGUGUGUGUUUAGUUUUAAUUAUUCCUACAGUACCUCGGGACCAAGCCAGAAAUCUUUUAAGACCAAUAUUCCUGUUAUAAGUUUUACACCAUCUUGAACUCUGAUGGCGUUGAGAGUGUAGACACGGCCGCAUGGAAUUGAUAACAUUUUGGAAGUACUGGGCGUUAGAUAAGAGAUCAUCAUGAGUACAGAGGCUGAAGAAACCACAACAACACCUACAGCCACACAGCCAGAUGGAACAGGUCCUCUCAUCCAGGUACCCGUGGCGCCAAGGAAACCACCUCGUCGCGGCCUCAAAGUACAGCCGGAGAGAGCCAAGAGAGCAUUGUUUUGUCUGACGCUUAAGAAUCCCUUACGGAAGCUGUGCAUAGAUAUUGUUGAAUGGAAACCAUUCGAGUGGAUGAUACUUACUACAAUAUUUGCAAACUGCAUAGCACUGGCCGUGUACACGCCGUACCCCAGCGGGGACUCCAACUAUACUAAUUGGGUUUUAGAAAAAAUCGAGUACAUAUUUCUGGUGAUCUUCACCGGAGAGUGCGUGAUGAAGAUCAUAGCUUACGGCUUCGCAAUGCAUCCCGGUUCCUACUUGCGGAAUGGAUGGAAUUUGCUCGAUUUUACUAUUGUUGUUAUAGGUAUGGUAAGCACAGUAUUGUCAAGUAUAUUCAAAGAUGCCUUCGAUGUGAAGGCUCUCCGAGCGUUCAGGGUAUUGAGACCGUUAAGAUUAGUGUCUGGUGUUCCAAGUCUUCAAAUAGUUUUAAAUUCAAUUCUUAAAGCGAUGGUUCCACUACUACACAUUGCACUGUUAGUAAUAUUUGUUAUUAUAAUAUACGCCAUCAUCGGCUUGGAGCUGUUCUCUGGAAAGAUGCACAAGUCUUGCUACAGUCGAAUAACAGGUGAGAUCAUGGACAACCCGCACCCCUGCGACUCAGACAAUGGCUUCAACUGCUCCAAGCUGGGUGCCAAUAUGGAGUGCCGCGAGAAGUGGAUCGGGCCCAACUUCGGGAUCACCAACUUUGAUAACUUCGGCCUAUCCAUGCUCACCGUGUUCCAGUGCAUCACUCUUGAAGGAUGGACUGAUGUCAUGUAUAAUAUUCAGGACGCAAUGGGAAACAGUUGGGAGUGGGUGUACUUCGUAUCUAUGGUCAUACUGGGGGCGUUUUUUGUUAUGAAUCUUAUCCUCGGUGUUUUGUCUGGAGAAUUUUCAAAAGAAAGAGAGAAAGCAAAGAACAGAGGAGAUUUCCAGAAGCUGAGAGAGAAGCAGCAGUUGGAGGAAGACCUCAAGGGCUACCUGGACUGGAUCACGCAGGCGGAGUAUUUGGAGCCGCUUGCCGAUCAGCACGAUGUCGUGGAUCAGAAGAGGGACUAUGGUCAAAUUACAAAUGAGCAUGAUUCAACUGAUCACUUGGGUCUCGAGAGCGAAGAUAAACAGAAGGUGUCUGUCGGCAAACUGUGGAAACAGGACUUUGAUAAGGUGAAUAGACGUAUGAAGCGCGCGUGCCGGCGUGCUGUCAAGUCGCAGACGUUCUACUGGCUCAUCAUUGUGCUCGUGUUCCUCAACACCGUGGUGCUGGCGAGCGAGCACCAUCACCAACCGGAGUGGCUGGACUAUUUCCAAGAGUACGGGAACGCAAUAUUUGUAGCGCUCUUCACUCUCGAGAUGUUCGUCAAGAUGUACAGUCUGGGGCUACAGGGUUACUUUGUGUCGCUGUUCAACCGGUUCGACUGCUUCGUGGUGAUCGGUUCCAUCAGCGAGAUGAUCCUCACCAAGUCACAGGUGAUGCCACCCCUGGGUAUCUCCGUGUUGCGUUGCGUUCGCCUGCUCAGAGUCUUCAAGGUUACCAAAUAUUGGCGCUCACUCUCCAACCUGGUGGCCUCUCUGCUCAAUUCCAUUCAAUCGAUCGCCUCUCUGCUGCUACUGCUGUUCCUCUUCAUCAUGAUCUUCGCACUGCUGGGCAUGCAGGUGUUCGGCGGGAAAUUCAACUAUGACCCCGUGGAAGAAAAGGACAGACACAACUUCGAUUGUUUUUGGCAAGCGCUACUGACCGUAUUUCAGAUUCUGACUGGUGAGGACUGGAACGCUGUGAUGUAUGAAGGUAUAAAGGCGUACGGUGGCGUCGGGACAGUCGGGAUUGUCGCCUGUAUUUACUUUAUCAUACUCUUUAUUUGUGGUAAUUACAUUCUGCUCAAUGUGUUCUUGGCCAUCGCCGUGGAUAACUUGGCUGACGCUGAAUCUCUCACAAAUAUAGAAAAGGAGGAAGGUCAAGCUCCAGAGGAGAAAGAAGGUAGCAUCAUUGAACAAGAAGGUGGACAAGGUGACACCGACGAUGAAUAUAUACACGAUGAAGACGCUUACACUAGCGAGAAUUCUGAAAGAGAAUAUUCAGAUAGAGGUUCAGAAGAAAAUCAAGAGGAAAUAUACGAAGAAGAGGAGGUAAAGGAAGAUGAAGAGGUUGAGGAAAAAUUAGAAUAUGAUCAGGAACAAAAUGAGAUUGAUAUAAUGGAUAACCAUCAGAGAAAUGAUAUAGGUUCCGUGUAUUUUGCUACAAGAUGUCAUCUUCGUCUACGUUCGGGAAUAUAAUUUUGGUGUGCAUCAUGUUCUCCUCUGCUAUGCUGGCGGCAGAGGAUCCGCUGGAUGCUGCACAGAAAGGGUUCAGGAACUAUCUCCUGAGUCAGUUCGACAUAUUCUUCACGGGCAUAUUCACCUUGGAGCUGUUCCUGAAGCUGAUCACGUACGGCCUGGUGCUGCACGAGGGUGCCUUCCUCCGCUCCGCCUUCAACGUACUCGACAUGCUCGUCGUUUGCG